AUGUAUGACUGCAAGACGGGCAAGAUCACAGCCUUACCAUCCAUGUUGGAGAAGAGAUAUAAAUGUUGUGCAGUUAUUACUGGAAAUACAAUUGUAGUCAUGGGAGGUGAGAGAACUGAGAAUGACUAUUAUACUGUUGAUCUCAGUUCAGUGGAAUGUUUUACAAUGGGAGGUUUUACAUGGAAGUAUCUUCCCAGCAUGAAUAAAGAAAGGUCCAAAGCAGUUGCUGAAGUUGUACCCUCAACAAGGAAAUAUGU